AUAUCAUGUGUUAAGGAUAUUCGAAGGAAAAUCAAAGUAAAUACAAGAACACCAAAAAUAUUACACAGUUAAUGGAAUAAAUCUAAUUGAAAAGAAGAUGGAAUCCGCGAAGAGGCAUACGUUGGAGAAGAUCGUGCUUCCGUUUUGGCAAAUCGUAUGUAGCGUCAUGUCACUCGCCCUGGCGACAUUCACAGCCGUCUGCCUAGCAUUCAUCGCUUUAGCUUUAGACAAGUCCCGACCUGGAGCAGCGCUGACUGAAGAGGACCUGUACCCGUUAGGUCCGAUGAACCAUCAUCAGUCAGGCAAAGAAACAGGAUUCGCAGCUUUAAUGACGACUCCUCAGAAAGCCAACGGCGACUGUACUCUGUCAGAUACUGAACUUGCGGCCGAAUCAGAAAUGGAAAAUAUGAAUGAAAACAUACUCGCAACAUAAGUACAACUCUAAAGAAGAAUCCGUCGUUACAUCAUAAUAAAACAAUAAAACACAUUUAA